UAUAUAUCCCGCUGGCAGGCUUGUCGCUUGCUAUCGAUCAAAUAAGAGUUUAGUACGUUUGCUUUUUUCAAAGCAUUUCUAACUGACUCUAGGUGGGUUAACACUUCUUCGUCAUGGCUCAAAGAAAGGUUGUACUUGCAGUUGACGGCAGUCCCUACAGCGAUGAAGCAUUUAACUUCUACUGUGAUAAUCUACAUAAGGCAGGGGAUUUGAUUCUUGUCAUCCAUGCCUUUGAAAUGCCAACCAUGCCUGCUGCACCUUAUCCUUAUGGUUUUGCUUACUAUGAGGAGUGGAGUAAUCUGGUAAAGAAAGCAGAUGAAGAAGCCAAUGAAAUGUUGAGGGUGAUAGGGGAAAAAUGUAAGGAACACAGCAAAAAAGAUGACAAGUACAAAUUUGAGCUGUACAAGGAAGGUGGAAGAGCUGGAGAGAUCAUUUGCAAUUUCGCCAAAGAAAAAGGAGCCGAAUUCAUUGUGUUGGGAUCUCGUGGCCUGGGCACUAUUCGCCGUACAUUCCUGGGUAGUGUGAGCGAUUACUGCGUGCACAAUGCUCACAUUCCAGUUGUUGUGGUGCGUUCGACUCCAAAAGACGACGCUGUAGCGGAGCCGGGGAAGAAGGAGUAGCAUUACAUGAGAUGUUGAAGCCUGCCGUAGGAUAAGGGACCGUUCCUUUUAUACGGGCAUGGGGGCCCCUAUUAAAAAGAUUCAUUUUAAAAAUAAAUGUUCUAUCUAGCUAAUUAUUUUUUGAGGUGGCCCUCCCUUAAAUGCCAUAUUUUUUGCCUCUCUUUAAUCCCACUUGCCCUUCUUCCCCCUCCCCCAAUGCCUGUAAAAAUAUGAACGCUAGAGUUCUAUUGCGAGUAUUCUCUGAGCCCAUAUUCGCGUAUAGUUUCUAUUGGCUUUGAGAAAUUGUAUUGUAUAGUCCGUUUAGGGUAGAAUCUAGACAUUUGAUGACAUUUGAUUUCUCAGUAGGAAUAUGCGUUAAAGUCCAGGGCCCGGUUGUACGAAGGGUGGAUAGCGCUAUAUCCAACAGAUAAAUCUUCUCCAGUGGUAAUUUUAUUGGAUAACAUGCAGCAUCGACUUAUAUCUAGGAGGAGGAUUUAUCCAUCGGAUAGCGCUUUCCACCCUUCGUACAACCGUACCCAGAGCAAUACUGCUAUUAGUUUUAGUUUCAAUGACAGUGAGAGCAAAUUUUAAUAAGAAACGAUAUUUUUUUGUUGGCAGUUUCGACAGUCACCACACUCGGUGGGUUUGCCCUUGUAUUGGCAUAGAGUCUCCGCACUAAACCAUUAAUUCUACUAACCAAUACGAUUAAAACAUUCUAUUGAUCUGUCUGA